UUUGCGCUUAUUACUGGUMGUCGUUAGUUGAGGGUCGUCGUCUCAACGUGUAUUUGUUAUUGUUACAGAGAUUUCGCGUGUUUAAAAGACAACAAUAAUAAUAUUAUUUACGCGUAGUAUUAAUUUCUUGUGGUUGACAGUGUUGUUUAUCAUCGUCCCUCUCUAACAAAUCGAUUUUCGUCGAACGCCCGAGGAUUCACCAUCUGGCAAGGGUUAUACACGAGAUUAUGGCAAAUAAAAAUUCUGAAAUUUUUUUACAUAUCGUCAUCAUUUGUUUUAAAACCAAUUGAUGAAGCAGAAUGUCACCGGAAAAUGUGUGUCCAAGAUUCAAACAGAAUGCUUGGAAAAAAGAACUGUGCUCCAACUGUUUUCGUCCCAAAGAGGAGCACCCCGAAAAGCCCAAACGAGUUAUUAUCGACUACAAACCACUACCGGAAAUAUCUCCAGCACAGAGUAUAUUGAAAGUAAACGGUUCGUGUGACAAAUCCCGAAAUGUGUCAUUUUCGAACGUCGAAAUGGAAGUCAUCGGAUAUGGCGGCGAAGAGUACUCGACGGACGAAGAAUAUUCGUCGGACGAAGAUAACGGUUCGGAAUUUGUUGACUCUGGUGACGAUGAAGAGCUCAAAAGACUGACCGAGGCCAACACGAACUUAAACAGCAAACCUGAAAUCGCACCUGAAAAGGUAACCGUCGGUGGUAAUGUUUCGAAACCUGUGACCGAAGUGGUAACGGCGGCGACGAACAUCAAGUCACCCGUAAAAAAACCAAUGGUGCAAAACAAGUCGCCGCCGCUGGUUACCGUUCAGCCGUUUAGCGGAGAACCACCCAAAUCGCUUGUGUUCAACUUCCUAAAGAACAAAGAGAUUGUCACUGCUACUACUGCCGCAACCACCACCACUGCAGCACCCGUAGCAACCUGCGAAGAGGUACAAAAAAUCGAGAAAAAAGAUACUGAAAACAUUCAACUGAGAAAGACUGAAACAAUAAAAAAACCGACUUUAUCUAGAAGCUCACUAGUGGCCAAUUCCAAUGAACCGUAUUUAAACAUAAGACGGUGCAGUUUACCGACGGAAGAGGAAGAGACGAAAUCGACUGUACCACCGCCUCCGCCAAUGUUAACAUUGAAAAAUACGGAAAUUCCAAGAGCAAAACUCGUCCACCAACUGGAAACGAUAGAACCUGUUGAAAAAUCAAGAAGUCCUGAGGAAACCACCGAAGUCAUCUCGUCAACCAGAGAGUCAGACUCUGAUACGGGGGGUGGUGGUGCGGCACCGUACAAGACGAGAAGUAAUGUACCACGAAUGGGCACCAUGCACUUCAAACUGAAGUUGGCCGUGGCUUCGUCCCAAAAACCCGAACCAUUGAAACUGAUCAGUAGUGGUACUCCUGUGGAUCCUCCGCCAGAUUCAUCGUUGUUGACCAGCAGAGAAAUGGCCGGAGAACCCGACGGAAAAGCAGACUCUGACGAGCCCGGAGAUCCGACGACGACCCCAGUAAACCGAUCGUUCCUCCACAACUUCAAAGAUAAUUCGUCGCCAUUGCGAAACACCUCUACUACACCUCCCAGGACGCCCAAUAAAAAAACUUCGAUAACCAGCAACAGCCCUCCCGAAUGUCUCAGAAGUAUCAAACGCCAAGCCCCGAAACCGCCUCCACCGCCUCCAUCGUUGACGUCGACCAAGUGCGCUGAUCUCGUUUACCACAGCGCUAACAGUUCAAUUUCCGACGAUGAAUUCAAACCCAAUGACAUAACCAUCACGAACCGCAAGCUGCUGGCCGAAUACUGUGAACAGAUUGAAAAAGAACAGUCGCAACACUGCGAAAACAGGGAACGAACGUCGGUGGAGACAACUGUCGCCUGCAAUGGCGAUUUGGUGCACGAAUCGUCCACGCUUCCGUUACCCGGAAAACGGCCCGCCUGUGAGAAAAAAAAAUACGGUAAAGCUACCAAGGUUGGUCUUAAGAUCAAAAAAUUCCUGAGGAUACCCAGUCGGGAAUCAACAGUCGUCACACCACAGCUACCAACUACCAGGCCCAAGUUGGAAAUCAUUCAUCCGCUGGACAUCAACAAGUCAGGCGUGGAAAUCAUACACAACUACGCUGUUGAUGGACUGCUAUAUGCAAAAGAGCCGUCCGCCAAAGCACUGACCAAUCAUCAUCCAGUACGACCUACUAAACCACCACCGCCGCCACGAAGUCUUCCUCCCGUCACAAAGCUGCCGUUUAAGUGURCCCCGUCCACGGAAAUCAAAGAUUACCCCCACGAGCCGAAAACAUGCGAUUCCAGUGCGUCUGACGAAGCUUACGAACCAGUGAAUUUUUCGGCACCAGAAUGUGACCACAGUUCGCCGGAAAUGGCACGACUGACGUCCAUGCAGUAUUACGGUAGCGAGACUGAGUCGGAGAUAAUAUAUCCGACCAUCCAGUUUGGUGACGACUUCGGAGCCGAAGACAGUAUUAGGAACACUCAGCCGGGACACAAAAGUCUCGAAGAGAGUUACGACGCCGUCGUGAUCGCCAAUCACGAAGCCCUGACCAAACUCUUAGACCAGGCGACGAGUUGUCCAAAAGUGCCCAAAGAGUUGGUAGCGUUGAAGACAAAGAACUUGGAAUGGUCCAGUUUCCGAGUGGACUCGACGAGCCGGUUGCAAAAAUCCGGUUGCGCUUUCUACAACGGCAAAUGGUACGACGUGCCGGUGGUGUUGAGCAUUUCCAGCGAACCUGUUAAGUUAAACAACGUACUGAACAACCAUUUCACUAUGACCAAAGUAACAGAGUUCGUGACGCGCGUGGAAAAAGAAUACUGUCCAGGCGCCGAAAACGAAGAAGCCUACGUAACGCUGUGGAAUGCUCAUCACGUGGAGGCCGUGGAAUCGUAUUGCAAGGAAUACAAUGCCAAGUACGCGGACAUCACCAAGGAAGCKGGUYUCAUCUUAGUGGAAACUGUAAAUCUGCUGAUCGGCCUGCAGGCGUCAGACGUGGACCGAUACAGCCUGGAACGGUUCAUGGUGACUAGAAACUGUUUCGGCGCCGACCCGACUGUGGCCGUGGCUCAACUGGAAACCGAUUUACAGGAAGCGGAGGAUACGCUUUGUGAGAUCAUGCUCAAGGUGCUCAGAUUGCUGGCGCCCACGUGGGAGAUGACCGUGUGUCUGUCGCAAGUGUUGCGUCAGGACCGGCCCAACUCUCUGUCCAAAUGCAAAGCGUUGCUCGAGUUCUGGCUGUGGGGUCCGACUGGAGUGACCGUGUCGCCYGACCGACCGCURUCGCUGAAAAGAUGGUUGGACCUGGAACGCGCCAACGUCCUGCACGGCCACGUGUGUUCCCGUUCCGCCGACCUGUCCGUCAAGCAGAUGUGCUACAUGUCGUUUUUGGUGGCCAACGACGAUAAACUGUUCUCGGACGCAUGGACCGUGCUGGCCGAUCGCAAGAUGCGGCCGCCGCGUGAUCCGACGAUCUCUAAAUGUUAACGCACAAACAUGUUUUGUAUUGUUUUGUUUUUUAUUUUUCUUCUCGAGUGUUAAGCAUUUUUUUUUUUUCAAAAUCGUUCUUUUCUUUACAACUCUAUUAAAAAAAUUAAUUUUUUUUUUUAAAUCUUAACUCCAAGUAUGACGGCAUGAUUAUAUUGUAGUACCUAUCUAACGACUGUUGCUGAAUAAUCAUGUCUGUUGUUAUUACUCUAGGAUAAAAAUGACACCGUCGAAUAAAUUAUUAUUAUACUAACCAUACAACUGCUAUUAUUUAUAUUUUACGCGUAUACAUGUUUGCUCAUUAACUGUUAUUAUUAUUAUUAUUAUUAUUAUUUAAAUAAUACAUGUAUAUAUUAUUUCGUAGUUGCAAAUUAUGAAUUUGCAGCUCAAUAUCUGCCAUGUUAAAAUAUUAAGUAUUUAAAAUAUAUUUUYGUUAGUUAUAAGUYACUUAAAAUGAGAUAUAAAUGUUUAUUUGUAU